UUCCAUGUUGCUCUGUUCUUGAAUGGUUUUUGCUAUUUGUCGAAUUCUGUGCAUGUUUUGGAAUUAGGUGCUUGCUUUCUCGCCCUGAUUAUAGUCUUACCGUAAGGUAACUUGCUGCGCCUUUUGUAAAGUGACCAAGUUGUUGUAGAUAAGCUGUUAACAAUGUCGCAAGUGUCGAUGAAAAAAUUGCAGUUACCGAAAUCUGUUUUGGAUAUGAAAUUUAUGAAGCGCUCUAAAGAUAGAAUAGAAAGGGAAUUAGAAAAUACAAAAGGUCAUGAAGAGUUGUAUUCAAACAUAAUUACAAAUGAAAUGAGAAGUGCAACCGGAAAUUACGUAUCUGAAGCUAGUUUCAUAUAUUGCGAAGAUUUGUUAGAAGGAAGGUUAUCUUUUAAAGGGAUGAACCCGGAAAUUGAACGAUUAAUGGAGCUGGAAAAUGCAGUUAAAAAAGGUUACGGGGAUAUGAAAAAGGAUGUUUCAGAUGAAGACUUAUUGCGAAAUGUAGAGAAACUGCGUAAAAGAAAAAGUGAAACCACAACACCUAGCCAGUAUGUUUUUAAAAAACAAAAAACUCGUUGAAUAUCUAUUAUAAUCCGCCAAUGUACAUUGUACCUAUAAGAUAUUUACAAAGUUGCUCUUAAACUACAAUAUACAAAAAUUAUUCAAUUUGUUAUUAACCACAUUUUGAAGUUGUUACUACAAUUUACUCCACUAAAAGUAUAUUUAU